AAUGACCCAAGGAAGCUCAAAGAAUACAUAACCUCGCUUUACAAAGCUUUUAAGGAUAAGUCCAAAGGUCUCCGAUCGGCUUAUUCAAAACUUGAUCUGUUGAACAAUGAGAUCGCCCAAGAGAAAACAAGGCUUGCGGAUAUCGAGGACGAAAAUAGGUCACUUCGAGAACAAAUGCAGGCAAUGGCCGAUCAGUUAGCGGCGAAGGAGGAAGAAUUUAAUGAAUGGCAAGAGAAGUUGGUUGAACAAACACGCCGAGAACAUGAGGUGUUGGUCGAAGAAAUGAAUCUAGAGCGCGAACAUUUCAACGAAAGAAUCAAUCAGCUUGAAGAUGCGCUCAACCUCGCCAACUUGGAAAUCUCAAGAUUAACCAUGGAGCUGACUGAUCUGAACGAUUCACAAAAAAAAUCUCGAAGAGGUUCAUCAAGUACCAACGGUAGUCGUUCGUCCGUGGAAAUAACGUUCGGCGAAAAGGUUCAUCUGAUCUCAAGCUUUGCGAAGAAGGAUGACAGGAAUGAACUCACAAAACAGAUUCUGGAAAUUACGCAGCGAAGGAUGAGUCUUCAAACGGAGCUAACCCUAUUAGAGGAGACUAAUGAGGAAUUAAAG